CAAAUUCUUUUACUUCACACGCCUCACAUUCAUUCUUCAUACCUCACACCUCACACCUCAUACCCCAUACCUCACACUUAUUCCCUUUCUUCCUUCAUCUCCUUCAUUCUCAUACACAAUAAGUUGUUCCAUAUUUAUCAAUUAUCCUGCCCCAUUUCUCUUUAUUUCAUUCAUAAAAAAAUAGCUUUUAUAAUUCUACUUUGCAACAAAACUAAGCAAAACAAAACAAAAAACCUUGCUGGUGUGUAUAUGUACAUCGUCAGCACCGUGUAGCGAAUGACCCCUUGCUAGCACUCCAUGGCAGUGAACAUGAGCGACAGCUACAGUUCUCACUCUGACUUUGAGCCUUAUUCGCACUUUGCAUACCAGGCAUCGUCGCAAUUCGAUGUGCCGGCUGUGGUCUUUAAUGCUGCGCUGCCACAGGAUAUGCCUUCAUUGGGGCUGACAGGAGAGGAAGAGCCUAAUAUUGAAGACCUUCUUAAUCUAGAAGAAGCAGCUGCUCCUCGAAAACGGGAUCGUGGCGAGAGAAUAGUAUGGACACCUGAGGAAGACGAGUUCCUUCGUGCUGCAGUUCAAAAAUACGGGGAUAAAACAGAAAAGUGGGCCAAGAUUGCAGCAUGUGUACCAGGAAGAACCAACAAAAAUUGCAGGAAACGUUGGUUCCACUCACUCGACCCUAAGCUCAAAAAAGGUCCUUGGACCCCAGAAGAGGAUCACUUACUCAGGACCGGUGUGGAAAUGUUUAAGGGGCAAUGGAGCAAGAUUGCAGAGCGUAUUCCUGGGCGUACUGAUGACCAAUGUGCCAAGAGAUGGCGCGAAGGUCUGGAUCCACAUAUUGAUAGGGCUGCCUGGACUCCAGAGGACGAUCUUAUCUUGUUACAGAGAUUUGAGGAGUUUGGCAGUCAGUGGCAAAAGAUUGCUCUGGCCUUUCCAGGAAGACCUGGGAUCAACCACAUGAAGCGAGUCAACAAAAAAAGAGGCCAAGGAAGCAGCAAUGAUGCAGCCAUCCUUGCCGAAACCCGUCGUCUGGAGGCUCUUUUAGAUACACAUAACGAUGACUUUGAAUCCGAUGCAAACUAUCACGUAAAUUCAGACGAUAUCCUGUUGAUGCGAGAUUCAUUUUUCGACGAAGAGUUUCUGGAGCAUGGGAUCACGCUGGACGAUGAUUCUUUUGCAAAACUUGCGAGCGAUAUUAAGGGUGAUCAAGCAGACAAUAGUGAACCUGAGGACGACACUAAGCCGUAUGGCUGCGCAAUCCUUGACUGUAAUUUCAUGAGUUCAUCACCAUCGCUCCUCUACUAUCACAUUAAGGCAUCGCAUGCAGGGACUACGGUCGAAAAGCCUUUUCGAUGCACUAUGCCCGGUUGUGAGAUGCGGAAAAGAUACAAGAACAUCAAUGGUCUUCAAUACCAUGUCACACAUGCUAAGAACUCACCGGGACAUACGGGUCAUUCUAAUACCAUUGAAGACACCUCAGAGUCUUCCAGCAAAGCCAUCCGGACGGCUCGACAAAGCACUCCCAAUUCUCAUAACAAACUUAAUACAUCUACUUCUAGUGCACCAUCACCUAGCCUUGGUCUCCGCAUGCCCAUACCUUCCACUGUGUUUGAAACCUCAAUGAUGGGUCUUCCCAACUCCCCCACUCCAACCGAGGUUCAUCUACAACUACACCAAUCCUCUCAAAAAGACCAUCCACCACAGACUCUUUUCCAACAUAUAGCACAUAACGCCCUUAAUAUUCCACAUAGUGCAUCGUCACUAGAAGGGUCAGCUGCAUCCUCGCAGACCUCUUCAGGAGCAUCUUCACCUAAAAACCAUCGUACUCUGCUACACUGUCCCGAACUAGGGUGUGAACAGAGUUAUCACCAAAUUCAAGGAUUAAACACGCACAUAACCAAUAGCCACGGUCAUAGGGCGAUGACUAUGCACAGCGAUGAUACAAUAUUCAGGACGGAUGCCAUGGUCAUCCCGCAAAAUAGCCAUACCGACCUCGACAUUGAUAUGAUAGAUUUAACUUCAGCAGCAUCUUCGCCCUUGGACAGCAAUCUAUUACUGCAGCAUCAAGUAGCUAGUAACGGCGAUCAUAUGGUUAUAGAUGCAAUGUCAGCGCCUAACAAUGUGCAGGAUAUCUCUAAUAGCACCGAUGGCAAUAAUGGCAGCAAUACGACUGAUAAUAAUGCAGAUUUUGAUAUCUUUGGAGGAAAGGAGCUUUUUUUCGCAAAUCCCAUGGGGAAUCCUUUGCAUGAUAGAAUACAUUUUGGGACACAUAUCAACGUGGCCGCACACGAGCCUAUUUUUGUUCAACCGAUGUCGAUAACUACAACAACAGCUACAGAUGCAGGGGCUAGCAAUCUCAAUUCAGCAACGAAUUCCAGCAUUCUGUCAUUAACGACUUCAGCGCUACUUGCUACGGUCCCGGCAUUUUCUACUCCAGCUUCAGUGCUUCCUGCUACAUUCACAUCCAAAGUAACCAAGGCGCCGGCAUCCAGAUCAUCAACGAAAAAGUUCGCUUGUGCUGCACCUGCCUGUCAAAAGUCGUAUGUGAGUCAAUCGAGUCUAAAUAACCAUAUGCGGAAUGAUCAUAUUGAUCUCUACAGCAGUAUCAGUGCCUCUAAAGCGUCUUCAAGUGGAUCUGUCACAGCUUCUGUGCGUCGUCUUCCUACAGCUUCUAUGGAGCUUCCUAAUACCUCAGACUACUCAAAGGAAGAGGAUGAAUCGAACAAGCCUUAUAAAUGUCUUGUUCCAGGGUGUGGCAAGGGAUAUACCAAUAUUAAUGGCCUCAAAAACCAUUUACUGCAAACUCAUGGAUCAACUCCUAAAACGAGCACUGCUGCGUGAUAAACAGGAG